AUGGCUGCAGAGUCAAACGCUGGAUUUCACAGUGAAGAUAUAGAUUCUGUUUUGAACAGGCAUGCAAUAUCAUUUCAGCCUGGUGGUGCUAUGAACCGCAUGUCAGAGAUGGUUCCAAUGGGUAAUUAUUUUGGGCUAAGUAGUUCAUCUGGGAUGAUAUAUUCUGGGAAUUCAACCAUCAUUAACAGUAAUCCUGUCAUGAGUCAAGCGGGUAACCCAUCGAGUUCUUCGCUUCUUCUCGAUUCGGUUCCAGGACUGAAGCAUGAUACAGGGUUGGCGGUUGAGUGGUCUGUUGAUGAACAGUACAGAUUGGAGGAGGGCCUUGCCAAAUAUGCUGAUGAACCAAGUAUCAUGAGGUAUAUCAAAAUUGCUGCCCUGUUGCCUGAUAAAACUGUUCGAGAUGUUGCUUUGAGGUGUAGAUGGUUGACAAGAAAGCGAAGGAAAUCAGAAGAACACAAUCUGGGAAAGAAGAUCAAUAACAGAAAGGAUAAGCCUGUGGAGUUAGCAUCAAAGACAAAUUUACAUUCGGGUCUGCCCUCAAGCAUGGCUACAUAUUCUCGCAUGUCACAGCAUAUGGACCAAAGUCAACGGAUACAAUAUGAUGGAAUUUGUAGUCCUUUGAAGCAACUCAUGGAGCAGAAUGCUCAAGCUUUUAACCAAAUCACUGCAAAUUUGUCUACUUACAAGUUGCAGGAUAACAUCGACCUCUUUUGCCACACUAGGCACAAUAUUAAUACCAUUCUUACUGAUAUGAGAGGGAUGCCUGGCAUUAUGAGCCAGAUGCCACCACUGCCUGUCACCAUUAACGAGGAUCUUGCUAGUAGUAUUUUGCCUAAUAGAACAUAG